AACUAUCAGUCCUAUGAAAUGCGAUUAUCGUGCCGGCUUUACAAUCCCCCCGAAUCACCUUUCUCGCGGGAACUCAUUAGAAAUUGUACAUCUGAGGUCUCUUUUCCCAAAACACCGCCUAGGCUGUUGCCGAAUGGAUAUUUUUACGAACCCGAAAUAAGAGGGGUUUACAUAUUCUGGAAACAUCUGCGUGAAUUACAAUGGAACGGACCCGAAUUCGGAUAUACGGCUAUGACUGAACAAAGUAAAGCGGGUCUUACUUUGGACAACACGUCUGCGCUGUUUUUGGACUGGGAUGACACGCAACCAGCCACUGUCAAAAUAUGGAGCAAAAACUCCGUGGGUCUUUCGCAGAACUUCACAGAACUAAAGCUGCCGAUCUUUGCCAGUUCCCAUACACGACUGCCGAGGUCCCUUCUUUAUAAUGACAAGGAUACCACUUUGAGCUGGAAGCCUCCUAGCGACGAAAAUAAUCUAGAAGGUUAUACUGUCUACUGGUGUUCCGCCUCUACCAACACUUACCAGAUCUGUGACGAAAAGGAAAGCAUUAAAACGGAAUCAGUGAACUCUUCCCAGCUUCAAUUUUCGUUUCCGACGUCAAUGGCCUCGUCCAAUAUGGCAGUGGCAGCCAGGUACAAGGAUCAGGUCAGCGGCGGGAUGCAAUGGAAUGGACCUAGAUGGACCCAUUCGAAAUUACACUCUUUGGGCGCUUGGCUAAACACCUACAAGAAGACGACUAUGUGCGGGUCCACACCUCACAAGUUUAUUUAUGGCGAGGAGCAGACCAAGGAUUUGACCAAAAAACGUCACUCUUAG